GAGAGCAUGGCGUAUCGGGACCUCACGAGCCGCUUCCAGGAGCGACGGGCGAACCUGCGCAAGCGCAACUUGCGCUUCCAGAUGAGGCCGAGGCUGGACAACUCGCCUCUGCUGAGCGCGCUCUUCCUGUCCAAGCAGAGGAGCAAGUCGCACGCUAUGGAGAAGGCGCUGCUGCAGGACGCGAACGAGUUCCCCGGGGGGGAGCAUGGGGAUAUCCACAAGCCCGAGUGGACAAGGUUUGCAGACAGCGCAGACGAAUCCAUCCGCCUACUGCAUGCCCAGCUGGAGUACUUGCAGCUUUUGCACACGCGGAGACUCAUGAUCCGGUUUGACGACUCAGAGAUUCAGCAAGAGCGUGAGAUCAAUUGCCUGACUGAGGAGAUAACCGCGCUAUUCCACAAGGCAGAUCGCUCGCUCAAGAAGAUCACCAGCGCUUUUGUCGGUGGUGAGCCAAGUCCAUCGCCUGCGGAUCGGCUUGUGCGAUUGAAUACGCAGCGUGCUAUCGCAGGUCGCUUGCAGGAGAUCUCCAUUCAGUUUCGAACACGACAACGCGAGUAUCUGCAGCGACUUCAGCUCCAGAAGUUCGGGAGCGAGAUUUUUGACGUCGACGAGAUGGAAAAGGGGGCGGGAAGGGCAGGCCACAGCUUUCGCCUCGGCAAUAAGGCCACAGCGUACGCGAUGGACCAAACCGAGUACGAUAUUCGUACUCGAGACAUCGAAAUCCAACGGAUCGCCAAGUCUGUCGCAACGCUGGCGACCAUGUUCAAGGAAGUCGCGGAGAUGGUGAUCGACCAAGGCACUCUCAUCGACCGGAUCGACUACAACAUGGAGCAGGUGGCGCCACUGUCGAUCUCCAUAGUCGUUGCAACGCAAAACGCACUAAUAAUCACCCCUCCGACUGUUUUUCCUAGGUGGUGGAGAGGAUGCGCGCCGGACUAA